UUGCAAUUCCCCACUAUUGUGGCAAAAUUGAUCUGAAUGAUACGGUUCUUGUCCUUUCAUGUGUGAAUAUAACUAUAUACUAUAUUAUCCAUCGGCCCGGCAGCAUUUUAAAAUCCAACUUUAGCAGCAGACGAUUUAGAUUUGAAUACUGUCCAGUACACUAAAAGGCAAGAAGGCCGUGGGUAACAAGUCACAACUUAAUCACUAGAAUUCCUAAGCAAGCCAACCAACAAUUAUAUAUAGUGCUGCAGACUGGAUAAUGUUUAGCAGGUUGCGUCUUGCCUCACGACUACUUUUUAAGCACUCCUUCCACCAUCCUCACUUAUCAUCGCAUCCCCUUCCAUUUCACGCUCAUCUCACUCCGAUUCAGUUUCAGAUUCCGACCAUCAUCAUGAAUCCUCCAAAAGGCACCGUUGUAUUCAACACUGUUGGGAGAACUCAAUACGGUUUUGACGUCUUCUACGCCAACAUCCAACACCCCACGCAUCAGCUCACUUCCGACCACCGCCUCACCGAUGGAAUUUCCAUCAAUUUCAAUGCUCAGUUCGUUGAAGAUCACCGCAGUAUCGUCUUUAUCUCCGAACGAACUGGGUCUUCCCGGAUUUAUCUGCUGAACCCUGAGUCACCGAAGCCCCAACCUUUACCUUCUUUUCCUGAAAGCCUCUUUCAUGAUCAUCCAAUUAUAAAGAAUGGAAGGAUUUAUUUCACGUCGGCUCACGAGCAACCCGAUCGUCAUUUCCAAAGUUUUUCUGCCGUUUACUCCACUAGCUUGCAUGGAGGGGAAAUUGCUAGGCUGACUCCAUAUGGGGUAGUCGAUUACAGUCCUAGUGUAUCUGAAACUGGCAAAUUUAUUGCCGUCGCAUCCUAUGGAUCUCGUCCGUGGGACGGUGAUUUUCGGGAACUCAAAACUGACAUCGUUGUUUUCAGCGAAUCCAACCCAGAAAAACGUAUUAUGGUGUGCGAGAGAGGCGGAUGGCCCACUUGGUCUGGAGACUCAACCAUCUACUUUCACAGAGUAGCUGAUGAUGGGUGGUGGAGCAUUUUCCGGGUAGAUUUACCAGAUUCUGAACAAUCCGGGCCUCCAAAAACACCAGUUCGGGUCACUCCACCUACGGUGCAUUGCUUCACCCCAGCGUCUAUGCACGACGGCAAGCGAAUUGCCGUCGCAACUCGUCGGCACGGGACAGAUUUUCGACAUAUUGAAAUUUUUGAUACGGAGACCAAGACGUUUCAGCCAAUUACUGAGAUAAUCAACCCAAAUAUCCAUCAUUACAAUCCGUUCGUAUCUCCAAAUUCAGACUUCAUUGGGUACCACCGAUUCCGCGGAAAGUCGACCAAGGAGGGGGAGUCCAUAAUUCCCCAUCUUGAGCCAGUGAUGUCUCCGGUUCCAAAUAUACGGUUGCUAAGGCUCAACGGUUCGUUCCCAACCUUCUCGCCAGACGGCAAUCUCAUUGCCUUCAAUCAUGACUUUGAUAAGAACUCUGGCGUGAAGAUAAUUAAAUCUGACGGUUCCAAACGAUGGACCUUGUUUGAAGGGCGUACAUCGUUUUACAACUCGUGGAGUCCCACCGAGAAGCACGUGAUCUACAGUUCCAUUGGUCCAAUCUUUGAGUCGCCCAAGACAACGGUCCAGAUUGCACGGAUCACAUUCAACCCCUCAGAUCUCACGGAUGAUCGCGAACACAUACCCUGCGACAUAAAAAUUCUCACCAGAUAUGACACCGGCAAUAAUGCGUUCCCGUCAUGCUCGCCGGACGGGAAAUCCUUGGUGUUCCGGUCUGGUAGGUCUGGGCACAAGAACCUUUACAUAGUUGAUGCCGUAGAAGGCGAGCUUGAGGGCGGUAUACGUCAGUUAACGAAUGGCCCAUGGAUAGAUACGAUGCCAAGUUGGUCACCAAAAGGGGAUCUAAUAGCUUUCUCAUCGAACAGACAUAAUCCAAAGAAUACCGAGAGAUUUAGCAUCUACGUGGUGAAGCCCGAUGGCUCUGGUCUGAGGAGAAUUUAUGUUGCCGGGAAAGAAGGUUCAGAAGAGGCGGACAAGGAGAGGAUCAACCACGUGUGCUUCAGUGAAGACGGGGAGUGGUUUCUGUUUACGGACAACUUGGCGGGGGUGACGGCGGAGCCGGUGUCACUUCCGAAUCAGUUUCAGCCGUAUGGAGACCUGCACAUGGUGAGGCUGGACGGGACUGGGCUGAGGAGGCUGACGUGUAAUGCAUACGAAAAUGGGACGCCGAUGUGGCACCCAGGGGAUGAGAUGGAUAUGGGCCGCUUGUGCUUGGGAGAUGGCGUUGGGGAUAAGGUGGAGGGGGAUUUUGAAGAACCACUUUGGAUCUCUUACGACAUAUGAGCUUAUCCGCAAAAUAGAAAUUUGUGAUGUCCCUUUAAUUUUUUUAGCGUGGUGUUAAAUAAGUUUGCUGAUCCGGUCCAAAAAAAAAAAAAAGAAAAGGUUUGCUGUUAGUCCCUUUGGGUCCAUUCCAUGAACAAGUCUUCUAUUUGUUUUCGUGGAGCGCUGGAAGCUACGGACGUUCAAGUCACAUAUGGUUUGCCGUUUCAGGCUGCUUUGUCUUUGUUGUCAAGUCAGCUAUUGAGCAAAUAAAUUUGGGUUUCGUCAAU